AAAGCUAACCCUUUGCUAACGGAGGUCUCCCUUUCUCGGUUCCCUGAACAGAAAAACCGCAAACGACGGAACCGGAAGAAAAAAAAGAAGCAAAACGCCCCUUCCAAAAGUAACCAGGUUUCCCAGGCUGCCAAGGGACACGAGGAAGAAUCGGGAAGUGAUGCCCCUGUGGAAAUUGAGUACGUGACCGAAGAGCCGGAAAUCUACGAUCCCAAUUUCAUCUUCUUUAAAAGGAUAUUUGAGGCAUUCAAGCUGACCGACGACGUUAAGAAGGACAAGGAGAAAGAACCGGAGAAAACAGACAAGUUGGCCGCUUCGGCUUUGCCAAAGAAGAAGGGAUUUGAGGAAGAACGGAAGGACAGCGACGACAGCUCUGAUGAUGAGCAGGAAAAGAAGCCGGAAGUUCCCAAGUUGUCCAAGAAGAAACUGAGGCGGAUGAACCGUUUUACUGUGGCUGAGCUGAAACAG